UCCUCACAGCGGCGGAGGCUGUCCGUCUCUCUCCCCGGCGGAGGGAAUAAGCUGUCUCUGCUAUUUUUAGACUGAUAGUGGCCAUCUUUUCAUUUUCUCUUCUAUCAGGUGACGUGUUGUUGUUUUUUAACCGCAACCUGUUGUUUUCUGUUCGAGCUGGAGGCGCCAACAAACACAGAGGGKUUUUAUGUUUUUCUUCUUCUUCUUCUUCUCAAUGGAAGACAUUUUCCCCUCUCGGUUUGGUCAAAGAACUCAGGUCCAUUUGGGUUCUUGUUCCACGCCUGAGUUCCCAUCGAUGAGGGAAGGGGGACUCCUCACAGAUGAAUCUUAGAGCCUCUGGGUGAUUCUAAGAGUAUUUUAUUAUCAGGGUUCUUCUUAUUUUCACGCCCCGGCCGGCGGGCAGCCUCUGAUUGGACCGAGACACCACAGUCUGAAGACGGGGGGGUGGUGGUCCAAGUGUGAUCCAUGGAUUCCACAAGAAGAGGGGAUUGAUUUCAAGGUAGGUUCAAUUUCCUCCAAAUUCAGGACACAUAGAUCCAAAGCUCUUUAACUAAACUUGUUAAAGAGCUUCUUCUGAGUCCAUCCCAUCCAUUUGCUGAGCCUCAUCCCACACCAUGGGUACGGUGCUGUCGCUCUCUCCCAGCUACCGCAAGGCCGCUCUUUUUGAAGAUGGUCCGGCCACGGUGGGUCAUUACACAGCUGUUCAAAACAGCAAGAAUGCCAAGGACGCAGCAGCAGCAGCGAAGUCCCUGAAACGGCCCUCUAUUAUUAGCGCUUUGCCAUGGAAACGCAUUGUGGCCGUGUCGGCAAAGAGGAAAGGUUCCAAGAAGCUCCAGUCAGAAGGAGGGGAUGGUGGGAAAGGGAGCCCUCUGGAAGGCCACGCAGCCAMCACAACCAGCUCAGCUUCCAACAGCCUGAAGCUGAAGAAGUCUCAGUCCUGUGCGAACCUCUCGUCUUACUCGUCCGUCCAGGACCCCUCAGCUACCACCACCACUACCUCCUCCCACCUGCCCACCUCCAAGACCCUGGCAAACGUAGCUACAGUCAUCGCCAAAAAGAAUUCCCUCACAGGACCUGGAGUCCAGGCUUCCACUGCGGUCGGCACACCAAAACGUGUCAUCGUCCAGGCCUCCACCAGCGAACUGAUGCGUAGCCUGGGGGAGUUCCUGUGCCGUCGGUGCUACAGACUGAAGCGUCUGUCGCCGACCGAUCCGGUGCUGUGGCUGCGCAGCGUGGACCGCUCCCUGCUCCUGCAGGGCUGGCAGGACCAGGGCUUCAUCACUCCAGCCAACGUGGUCUUCCUCUACAUGCUGUGCCGGGAUGUGGUCUCGGCCGAGGUGGCCUCGGAGCGCGAGCUGCAGGCGUCGCUGCUCACCUGCCUCUACCUGUCCUACUCCUACAUGGGCAACGAGAUCUCCUACCCGCUGAAGCCCUUCCUGGUGGAGGCGGAGAAGGAAGCCUUCUGGGAUCGCUGCCUGGAGAUCAUCAACCGGAUGAGUGGCAAGAUGCUGCAGAUCAACACCGACCCGCACUUUUUUACCCAGGUGUUUGCCGACCUGAAGAACGAGAGCAAGAAAGAGGAGGAGAAGACUAAACUUCUCAUAGGCCUCGACCGAUAAAGAGGGAGCCGGGAGGGGCGGGGAAGAAGGAGAGGAAGGAGACGAAGCUAGGAAGGCUAAUGUGAGGAGGAGAGCUUCUCUGGAGUGGUUUCGGUGUCUAGCAUCUCUGCUGGUUCUACGCUUCCUAUCUGUAGCCUUGAGGGACAAACUUAAAAAAAAWUUAAUUUAACACUUGAACUAUUGGCGUUAUUAAACAACCAAAACACAAAUAGAUGCCAGUAAAUAGUCUGCAGCAUCUUGCCAUAGGCAAGAUGCUGCAGACUAUUUACUGGCAUCUAUUUGUGUUUCACAGCUUAAACUUAAACUGACAAUAUUUUGGUUUUCACCAUAUAGUUCAAAAACUUUUUCAAUCAUUUUUGUGCCAACGGUUUCGCUGACAGAGACAAGUUUUAUCUGUAAUCUGGCCCACAGAGUCCCGUCAGACGUAUCGUGUUGAUCUCUUGCCUCAGGCACAGAGAAACGCUUCUGUCUGACCUGUAUCUUGUUAAAUGAGAUAAAAACAUAAAUAAAAACUGAGCCAGAGAUGCCUGGCACUCACACACACGUUUAUAUAUCCAGUACCAGUGAAACGUUUAACACAGAUUGAACACAGUGAGACUCUUGACUCUUACUGGAUGUAUGAAUGUAUUUGCAUGAGGUUCCUCGUCRUAUCCUUGCACAUGACCAGCCUUUUUUACAUAUAUUCACAUAGACCCUGCCCAAGUUCAGAGCACUCACGUCAAAUCUGAAUAUGAAAUGCACAGAGAAUUAGCAAAUAAUGUUAAACAGUGUAAACAUACUGCACCUCUAAAGAAAGAGAAAACCCUCCUGGAAACAGCCGGUUCGGAUGUUAUCAGUCCAUUAAAUGGACGUUAUUAGCGGUUAUCAGUCCCAUUGAAUGGCUUCAGACUGU